GUUUUGCGAUCUCGUCGGGUAAAGUCAAAUUCAAGAUAGAUACUAAGAAAUGAGUGAAAUGUUCACGGUGGACGAAUAGCAACCAAUAGAAAUUUAACUAUCAAGUAUGUCUGGUCCACCAAAUAUUAACAACGGCGCUUCAGGAGGUAGUGGUCGUGGAUGGCUUCGUACACCACCGCCAACUUAUUUUCGAUCACCAUCACCUUGGGUACCUCCUGGAUCAACACCUGCCACGAGACAACAGCUUCCGUCGACAACCGGUGGCUUUGAACCACAGGCUUUUGCACGGUACAAUGCAUCGCCUACAUACCUACCUCAACCUGUCUAUAGAUAUGAAUCUGUAGAGACUAGUGAAACUCAAAACCAAAGAGCGACAAGUAUCAGAUGCACCAAUGGUGCUUUGCAAAAUGAGACACAGAAUCAGAAUCUGCACAGCGUUCGAACAACUCCAAUACCGGAACGUCACAUCAAUGAGACGAGUUCUAUUACUCAACAAACACAGUUGAGGAAUACCUCUUAUACACACCAAUAUUCCGGCUCGAUACCAUCUGCAGUCAAAAAUGUAAUGCUACCACCGCAACGGAUGUAUUCUGCGACACCAACUCAUCAACUGGAAUCCAACUUCCAACGACCGCAAUCAAGAGGACAGCCUGUUCGCUACCCUACACCGUCUUUUUCAUACCAAUCUAUCUCCGACAAUUCAUACAGUAAUCAACCGCAAUACGUAAUCUAUGAUUGUACUGGAGAAGCUGGCCCAUCAACCGCUGAAAUCAUAGCGAAUCAGUCUCAAGAUUACGUAGAUGAAAAAUUGGCAGAAUAUCAAGCUACAAUACAUUUAUUGCAAGAUGAACAAGAACGCGUACAAAAGAAAACUUUCGUUAACUGGAUAAACUCUUUUCUUUCCAAGCGAAAUCCACCUCUAAAAAUUCUUGAUCUUAUUCAUGAUCUAAAAGAUGGAACUAAACUAUUGGCCUUACUGGAAGUGCUUUCGGGUCAACGGUUGCCCAUGGAAAAAGGAAAAAUACUACGAAGGCCACAUUAUUUGAGUAACGUAAACACGGCUCUACAAUUUUUAACAAGCAAAAGAAUAAAACUAGUGAAUAUCAAUCCAUCGGAUAUCGUGGACGGACGACCGGCUGUAGUACUGGGUUUAAUAUGGACAAUAAUUUUGUACUUCCAAAUAGAAGAAAACAGCCGUAUCUUGUAUUACUUGAACGAUAAUCUCAGUGGAUCCGUCAGCAGUUUGGACAGCAGUUCAGCAUCAUGUAUACCGAGUCCAAGUAAACCUUUGCUUCAGGAAUCAGGUGCAGCAUCACAAGAGAUGCUCAAGCAAGGCCCUAAGAAAACCCUCCUAGGCUGGGUGAAUAAUGCACUUCCAAAACAUUCAGGGCUAGAGAUACGAGAUUUUGGCGCAAGCUGGAGAGAUGGAUAUGCGUUUUUAACCCUUAUUGAUUCCAUCAAAACAAACGUUAUUAACGUUGCAGAAAUGAAGAGACUUAACAAUCGUCACCGCUUGGAUACAGCAUUCAAUGUAGCUGAGUCCGAACUUGGUAUCGCAAGACUAUUGGACGCUGAAGACGUAGACGUGAAUAGUCCUGAUGAAAAAAGUAUUAUGACCUAUGUUGCACAAUUUUUACAUAAAUAUCCAGAUGUGAAGAAUAUCAACUCCAAAAGUGAAAGUGAACGAGAACUAUAUGACUUACUAAAUUGGCUGCACACCACAGUGCGGCACUAUGACAGUUUUAAUGGGAACUAUCCUAACAACUACGAGAUGUAUGAAAAAGUACACCAUGAAAAAAUGGAAAAACUGAAUACCUACAAAAAAGUUAAAAAUAUCCACGCUGCAAAAUUAACUCCUGAGGUUCAAGAUCUGAAUGACUACUGGCAACGAUUUGAAAAACACCUGCAGCAGUGGUUGUGGUUCUUGGAUUGCAACCUUCCAGAUCAGUUUGGUGCCAUUGGUUUAUGGUUAAGCAAUGGAGAAAAACUUCUGAAUGACAGCGAUAUUCCCAACAACAUGAACGAAGAAACUGCUUCUCUCAUAAGUAAAAAAUUGGAAGCACACAAACAGUUCUUUGCGGCUUAUUUUGAAGUGUUUGAAACAUUUAAUGAUUUGAAAAUGACCAAUCUGGCCAAGAGAGUUCCCGCGAAUCAGCUUGAAAACUUAGAAAAGAGACUAGUGGACAUUGAAAUUCACGCACGGCAGCGAAGGAUAAAACUGAAAUAUCUCGAACAUAAGUGCUGUCUCAUUGCAUUCCUUAAUCUAUUGGAAAACAAGAUCAAUUGUGUCAAAUAUAGCAAUGAAGAAAUCGUUAAACAGUCUCUUGAGCAACUCAAGAAUUUUGUAAGAAGAAACCAAAUAAUGCAAGAAUUUGAAAAGGCCCUCGUUGAUAUGCGGCAGGUUAUCGAGGAAUAUAAAGUGGACGGUAAUAUUUCAAAGAAGGAAGUGUAUAGUAUUGACUCUUUUCUUCGAGAAAUUGAAGAUCGUUGGAAGAAUGUAUCAUCGCGAUUGAUAUGUACCGAGACUAUGUUAGAAGAUGUUCUUUCUCAUUGGCAACGCUGGAAGAAUCUUGCGGAAGAUUUAGAAACAUGGAUUGUUGCCGCACAUGAUGCCCUCAAAGCAACGGAAGAUGAAAAGAUUGAAUUUUUCCAAAAUUUGACAGUUUACAAGGAUAAAUAUGCUAUGCUGACCGAAACAUUCAACAUCUUGAAAUCAACAUGUGAUUAUGACACAUCGAUCAAAAUUGAGAACAGAUACAAGCAAAUAUCACAACAUUGGGAUCAAAUAUUCCAGCAUUCAAAACAAUACCUUCAUGUUGGAGAUGUUCUACAACACAGACAAAAAUUCAAAACAGACGCCGCUCGUCUUAGUGAAUGGAUACAAAAAGCAGAAGCAAUACUGUCCCGAAACAAUUUGAAAGAUACCACAGAAAUUAAACAAUCAGAAGCUGAUAUAAAACAGAUAGCAUGUGAAAUUGAAUCCAAGGAGGAACUGUUCAAAUCCAUCAGCAGAAGCUUCCAAGCUUUGAUUAAAGAAUAUUCGAGAGAUGAAGUCGACAAGAUGAUGAACUUAAUGAAAAGAGAAAAAGAGGCGUUGGUUUGCAUAAGAGCACAGAUUCCUGUCAAGCUUCAUCUUUUCCAUCAGCUUCUAACGCAACAGGAAGCACUGGAAUCUGGACAAAAGGAAAUCACGGACUGGUUAGAUGAAGCAGAGAAUCUUCUUAUAUCUUAUGCUUUUACCAAUGAAAGUCAGCAUACAACAGCCAAUCUCGCCAGACACAAAACCUUUUUCAACCGUACAUUAUAUUACAAGUCAAUGUUGGAAAGUAAAAAUAACGUUUUCCAAAAUCUUCUAAAGUUAACGAAUGUAGACAAAAGUAUCAAUAUAAAUGAUACUUCUGGUAAAAUGAAACAACUCAAUGAGCGCUUCGCGUAUGUAAUAAACAACGCAAAUGAUUGGGAGUUCAAGCUUCAUGAAAAUCUGAAAGUAUGGGAGAAAUUCACCAAUAGUCUAUCAAAAGUUGAAAAUUUCCUUCGACAAGCAGAAUCAUGGCAAAAUGCCACAGUGCCGCUGGAAAAGCAAACUGAUGUCAUAGCGCAACUUGACUUCUUCAAUAAUGCAGAUCAGUCUAUCAUUGGUGAUCUGGAAGCAAAUACCGAAGAGCUUCUCAAAUAUCUGCCACCGAACGAGCAACGCAUUAUGAUAUCUAAGGUGGAAUCCAUUCAAAAGCAAUGGAGUGGAGUUAUAUCGAAUGUCCCCCAACAUCUUAUGAAACUUGAAUUCAGAUUGAAUGAAAUUAUUUUCUACAAUCACGUUAAUCAGAUUGAAAAAGAAUUAAACACCGAAGAACAAGCAUUCAAUUGUAAUGAGAAUUUUGAAACAAUUGUACAACGAAAUGAAGCAUUUUUCAAAACAAAUGACCUUCAAAGCGUCGAAAAGGUAUUGGCUUGCUUGGAAAGGAUUAGUUAUGUUCACAUGGAACAAUUUGCAAAUGAUCGUGCCUUGUGCCAACAGUAUCAGAUGGCGAAUGAUACAUGGAUUGGCAUUUGUAAACGAAUUGAAAAUGUUAAAAACAUUUUACAUAAAAUUCCUGCUCAAUGGGAUGCAUACCAUAGCAAGUUCAUAGAAAUGAAUCAAUGGAUGGAUCGCGUUGAUCAAUCAUUAAAACAGAUUAUGGUUGAGAAGGAAACAAUGGAGCAAUUUGAACAGGAGAAAACAACUUUCCAGAAUAUCUGUUUCGAAGCGGAUGCAAGAAGAGAGGACAUGAAAUGGUUGGUGAAAACGUUGGAUUUCCUGUUGAGUCACACGAAUGAAGACCAAGCAGCUAUUGAACAAGACAAAAUCGAAAGAUUGAUUACCCGCUAUAAAACACUUAUUCCAACAAUCGAAACAACAAUGGUAAAAACUGAAAUAUUCGCCAAAUGCUAUACAUACCGACAUGAAGCGGAGGAAAUAUGCAAUUUGCUAAACCGAAUCAAAAUGCAAAGCCUAAAUGCUCCGACUCCGGAUAGUUAUCGCAACGUUAAUACUAUGAUUGAAGAGCAAAACGUUUCCCUGAAAGAACUAGAUAAUCAAAGAGGACACAUAAUGAAAAUGUUACAAAAAGGUAAAGACUUAAGUAAAAAUGUUAACGCCCCAGCUUUUGUCAAUCAAAAGACAAGAAUCUUAGAAACCUGUUGGAACGACACGUAUAAUGAAGCAGCCGAAAAACUGAAAGGGUUAAAGGCAGUGCAUAAAACAUGGAACGACUAUAAUGAGCAGAGGGGCAACAUUGAAUCAUUAUUGAAUAACGCCGAAAUGGAGUUAAGAUCCAUCACUCCCCUCCAAACGGAUCCAACUAGCGUUACUCAAGAUCUUGAGACAAAGAAACAGCUCGCAUUAAACUUGAAGCAAGCAUCAUCCAAGUCUCUGAUGCAAUUGAAUGAUCUGUGCCGUGAAUUGGGCUCAUGCAUUCAUCCAACUGCGAAACAAGUCUUAGAAAAAGAAACAACUGGAAUUGAAAAAAGAAUCUACAAUACGGUUAACUUUGUUGAAAAACGAAUAGACUACCUUACAGACUAUAAUGAUAAAUGGAACGAAUACAAACAACGGCUUGAUAAUUUGAAAAAUUGGGCAGGAAAUGUGUAUCCUAAAAUGAUAACAGCUAUAAAACAGCCACACAUCACUCCAACCGAUAGGCUACAAAAAACAAAACAGCUGGAAAACGUGCUUAGUGAAAAAAUGAAAACAUUGGACAUUUUGAAUGCAAGUGCCUCCGACUUAGCAUCUAAGGAAGGUAACUUGACCGAGAUGAAACGACUUAAAACUGAAGCACAGCGCCUACAGGCAACGUUCACCGAACUGAACAAUGCCCUUGGUGCUGAGAAGGCACAAGUCAAUCAAGAUGUUGAGAGAUGGGAUCAAUACAACCACGAGAUUGACAAAAUCAAGGCUUGGAUUGGGGGUAUUGAUAUGCCAAUUGAUUCACAACAAAACAAGAUUUGUACGCUGGAAGAUGCUAAGCUACUUCAAGCUAAAUUAAAUGAUCUUUGCGGACAGUGUAACGAAAAAUUCACGGAUUUGCAAAAUGUGAUGCAGAUGUGUAAAAACAUCAAGUAUGGAAUCAAACCCUCAGAUGAGAUAGAUAAAUGCUAUGACAUUCUGACAGAUAUCCGUGAAAAUGCACAACAUUUGAAAGGAAAGAUGGACAAACUUGUUCUAAAUCUGUCUACCAUGGAUGUCGAAUUGGCUAAGCUUGGUUCCUUUAUCAAUGAUGCCCAUGGUAAACUAAACCAUUAUUCGGCUAUCAAACUGGAACAUUUGCCAAUCGACAAACUAGAAGAGAAAAUAAAAAUGCUAAGGUUAUUUAACAAUGAAAUUUCCGAGCAUCAGGCAAAACUUAUUUCUCUUGUCCACGUUUUUGAUCAAAUAACUAAUGGUAUUUCAGAAGAAGGCAUAAAUUUACUGAAACGUAAAUUACAGCAACCAAAAGAUCAACUAUCGAAACUAAGCGAUAAUGUGCGUGGCAUGAUUAAUGAACAUUAUCAGCACAUUGUAGUCCAGCAGAAUUUCAAUGCAAAAAUAACCGACUUUAGCAAUUGGAUGGAUCAGAUUACCGCUAGCAUCACUGAAUUAGAAGAUACUUUGCUAGACGAAACUGAUCUUGCAUUGCAAAACGUGCAAUAUUUGCUGCAACAGCAUGCUGGUAAACGAGAUGUUUUCAAUGAGAUAUACUCCCAAAUAAAAGAUGACAGCCUUAGCCCUGCUGCUGCUGGUGAUCGUUCUGUCAUGGACGAAACAUAUUCAUCGUUGGCAAGUAAUUAUCAAAACAUUGAGUCCACUUUGCAGGAAUACAAAGAUUACCUGCAAAAAUGGUCAGCAUUUUUAAACUGGUACCACGGAAUCAAAGAUCAAAUUCAACAUAUGAAUGACAAUGUCGUAAGAUAUGAUGUGGUAGAAGAAGCAGACCUUAAAGAUACUCUGAGCAAAGUUGAAAAUUUUGCACAGGCUAUCAAUAAUUGGAAACAAAAUAUGAUUGCUCUUGAACACCAACCUCGUGUUAAAUUCUACGAUAAGAAGGGAAACAAAGUUAAUGCAGUAAAAAUGCUGGCUGAUUUGGAAAACAGACUUGAUAAAAUUAGAUCUAACUGUGACUCCAAAAUAAAUGAAAUUAAUGAUGUCAAACAGAGGGUCGCCAUUUUCCAAGAGACACAAAAACAGAUAAUAGCAAAUUUGAACUCAAUCUCUGAUAAACUAAAGACGAUUGUCAAGAAUGCAAGAUUAAGUAAUAUUGAUGAUUCGUUGGAAGAGCUUUCUUCUUUGAAUGAACAACUCAGUAAAGAAUGUUCAACGAAGGCACAGGCUCAUUACGAAGGGUCCUUGUUGAUGAAGCAGGAAGAAAUUCCCAUGAUUAGCAUUCAAGAACCUCUUGCUGUGCUUGAUAAAGAGCUUGACAAUAUCCAAUCGGAAAUUGAAGAAACUCUGGAAAAUUUUGUAAAUGUGCGAGAUCACUAUAACGAUUUCAACAGAUAUAACAUGGUAUUCAACAGUGAGCUCAAGAAUAUCGUAUCUACUAACAAAGCAACUGUCACAGAAUUUAACGAUAAGCAAUCGCUAAUCGAUCAGCUAGACGUUUUGAAAAAGUCAUCAGAAUCAAUGAAGAAAGUAAAGAAAAAUGCAGACGCAGUUUCUAAUAAAGGAAAUGAUAUCGUUAAACUAUUCCGCAAUUAUAACCCACAGGACUGUGAGAAUCUUCUUGACAUAAUAAGGCAAAACAAUGAAGCAUUUAAAAUCAAUUUAGAAAAACUGAUUGACAACAGCAAUGCAUUAAAUCAAAAAUUAGCGCUUUAUAAACAGAUUGAAGAUUUAAGCCAUGACAUAAUUUCAUGGCUUGAAGUAACUCAAGAUCAGUUCAACCGCGUGCUGGAAAAUCCUUGUGAAAUGGAGCAUAGAAUUACAUGCUACAGAAACGAGUUACCAGCUCAACUAGUAUGUAAUGAAAAUUUUAUUAGUCUUCUAUCCGAAUUCAAACGAGUAAAUAAUAAUUCGGUGCCUCAUGAUCUUGCAGUAAUGGAAAACAAAAUUAAAAGCAUGUUUUCCGAGCUUCAGGCUCACUUUGACAGAAUAAGUAACAAAAUGAACGAAUACAUUGGGGAAGAACGUAGCUUGAAAGAGCGAAUCAAAUUGGUCAUUGAAAAAUUGUACAACAUUCGCGAAGAAAUCAUGAACUGCGACGAUGUUACAUUGGAUUCAAAUAAGCAGCUUCGAAACCUGGACAGGUUGAAAAAGCUACGAAUGGAUGUAAACUCAGUGGGUGCGGAGAUCACUGAUUUGAAAAAUCACUUUGUCAGUAUCGAGACGAAAUAUGAAUCCAUUAAAGAAAGCACUACCUCUAGAGAAUUGCAAAACUUGGAACAACGUUUUGGACUGGUACUAAACAAUCUCAACGAAGUGGAGGGCAAAUUGAAUAAGGCUGUUGAGAAAACGUUCAAAGACAAGGUAUUGAGUCUCAACCGAAUUGUUUCAUCGCAAAUAGAAAAACUUAAAUGGUGCUAUCCAGAAACUAACAGUGAUAAAUACAAUUUGGAAAUAAAAAAGUCCACUUUGUGCGAUAUAGAACAAUCCAUUACCGAGUAUGAUGCAUUGUUAGUCAAUGUUUCGGACUUCUUGAACUCUCUAGGUGGAGUCAUCACUCAACCGAAACUUGAUCACUUUAAAGAGGAGAAAGAUGACGUUGAAAACGGUUUUAAGCACCUGAAAUCGGAAUGUAGUAAAGUGAAGUCUACAUUGAAUUCGAACAUCGCUUUAUGGACAGAAUAUGAAAAAGUGUCCGGAGAUAUAGUCAAAUGGCUAAAAGAGGUAGAAAUCAAACACAAAAUGGAAACAGUACUGUUGAUAGAUUUGAACACACUGGGUGAUAAAAUCGAAGAAACAAAAGGCACUUACAAAGCCUUAACUGAUUUUGAGCCUAAUUUGAGAAAGCUUCAUGAUAUUGCAAAUAACAUCAAUAAACUGAAUCCAGAUUCGAGAGCAUUGGUGCUUGUGCAACAGUUACAAACACGAUUCAAUACCUUUGAAAAAUAUUUUUCGCUUCUAUUACACAGAUUAUCAGAUGUAGAUUCUAAGAAUGAACAAUUCAAAAAUCAAUUGAAAGAAGCAUUUGAGUGGAUUGAAACUACGAAAGCACAUCAAAUGCGCUUCAGUAAAGUGUCAGACAAAGAUUACGACGAGCUGAAGAAUUGUCGCAGUCAAAUUGUGGCGCAUGAACAAUUAGUGAAUGACGCAUGUUCUUUGGGGGAGAAUUUAUACGCCGAAGUAAACCCGGAGUGUCGUGAGACAAUUAGGAUGGAGGUCUUAUCGUUGAGAAAUGCGUAUCACGGUCUUUUAGAUGGAUGCAAUACAGUUCUUAAGGAAAUGGAAGCAAACAUCAUAAAUAAAAAGACAAUCGAUGAAAGCUAUUGUCAGCUUCUAAAGUGGCUGAUUGAUCUGGAAAAUAAGCUAAAAACUUUACCUGCCUUCUACGCCACCUUACAACUUAAAAAAGGUGCAUUAUUUGAAUGCAAGGCUAUGAUCAAAGAUGCAAAUUAUCAUAAAAGUAGUGUUGAGCAGUUAUUAAAACGAUCCACUGCAUUAUACAGCACAGAUAGUUUAGCGAAUAUUGAUGAAACAUGUGAAAAAUACAGUACACUCAUAAACGAUCUUUCGAAAAAGUUCGAUAUAUACGAGAAAUGCGUGAAAGACCACGAACAUUACAACAAUGUACUGGAGAAGUCAAGAGAUUGGCUGUUGAAACUUCAAUCGCAAACCAACGAAGUUUUCAACAAUGAGAAUGAUCUGAAUAAAUGCAAAAUUGAAGAAUAUCUCAUGAUCCUUGAUAAUACCCUUUCCGAGGAAGAGAUCGUUCUAGAUUGCGUUAAUGAUUGUUAUAAUCAGUUCACCGUUGUCAUGGGACAAACUGACGAAGUUGGGCAUUCUGAUCUUCUCAAAACAUUUGAAGAAAACAAACGCAAUUGGAUACAGUUUUUCGAAAAUUGUAGAAUGAAUCGGUCUAAAUUGGCAAAUAUGAUGAAUCAAAUCGAAAACGCAAAUCACAAUCUCGACGAAUGUCUGGCCAAGCUGGGUGACACCAAAAACAAAAUAAAAGAUGUCUCGUGUCAGAUGCCAAUUGGUUCAAAACAAGAUAUUAUCACUGACUUGGUGGGGAUCAAGAAGGAUAUUGAAAAUCAAGGCGUACGAAUAAGCAACAUAAUAGAAGAAUGCCAAGGGUUGAAGGCAAAUAAUGAUAUUUCUGCUAAGAUGUAUCACGUGCAAAAUGAAUACCGUAGCAUUAUGAAUUUGUGUGCUGAUGCAAUUAACAAAGCAGAAGCUGCUAUUCAUGAUCAAUCUGAUUUUAACAAGUCAUAUGAUGAAUUCCAAGCCAUAUUGACAAAUAAUUUGGAAUCACUUGAACAACUGGAACAAUUAGUGGGUGAUUUGAAUGUAUUACAAAACCGACAAAUACGCCUAAAAGAGAUAGCAUAUAAGAGACUUGACGAUGGAAAUACCUUGGAAGAAUUGAUCGCCAGGGGUGAAAAAUUGUAUGCUCAAACAUCACCAGACAGUCGAGAACAAAUCCGUCAAAGAUUGUCCGAUUUGCGUCAACUGUGGGAUAAAUUCUCUGAUCAAUUGGAAAUGGUAUCUCAGAAAGUCGACCAAUGUAUUCUCCAACUUGGAGAAUUCAAUUUACAACAAGAACAGCUUUCCAAAUGGUUGAAGGAUAUCGAAGCGUCAAUGAAGAUCACUGCUGAACUGAAAUCAAACAUUCAGGAUAAGCGUUCCCAAUAUCAAAAUCAUAAACUUAUGCAUCAAGAAAUUCUCGCACAAAAUACACUGCUUGACUCAGUAUGUACUAAAGCACAACAAUUGUUAUCAUUGACUAACGAUCAGCACCUUGAAACAUAUUUAAUAUCCAUUAAGGAUACUUACAAAAAUAUUGUUCUGAAAUCGAACGAACUUUUGGAUAGCCUGAACAAUUGUGUUAAUGCCCACAAUAAUUACACAACUAGCUAUGGUAAACUAAAAAAUUGGAUCACCGAGGAAAAGGAUAAAGUCAUGGCAUGUGAUGACGAGGGCGGUGAGAAACAAGAAAUAAUAAAACGAAUUGAAACAUUGAACAAUUUGAAACUGUCCAGAUCGAAGGGCGAUGAAUUGUUGAAUCAACUGCUUCAACACCAUAAUAUAAACAAGCAAAGUACAGCUCCUCAAGGAAUUGCCCAAGCGGAAGAAGAGAUGAAUACAUUACGGUCUGACUUGAAUAGCCUUUACGAGUAUAUAGAUGAAACAGUAGAAUGUCAAAAAAGAUGCCUAACAAGCUGGACACAAUUUGACCAAGAAUUAGACACCCUUACAAAGUGGUGCAGGUCGAUGGAAACAAUAUUCCGAGAGCAGCAAUUAUAUGAUACACUGGAGAAGAAACAAAACCAGCUGCAGUUGUAUCGUACCAACUUGGAACAUAUAAAUGAAAAACAGAAGGAUGUGGACGUUUUUGUUACCACUGCCCAAGCGUUAUUCAGCAAAACAGGUGUCGAAAAAGUCAAGUUCUAUAUAAACCAACUCAUAAACCGUCAUCAGCUUCUGCUGGUAUUAAGCAAAGAAGUGGUGAAUCGGGCACAAAAUAUCGUCAAUGAUCAUAUAGGCUACGACGAAAGGUUAAUAGAAUGUAGUACACGUUUGACAAACAUUGAACAUAAUUUGGAGAAAGCAGUGGCAGAGAAAAUAACAGCAAUCAAUCAAUCCAUGUUGCAAAACAUAGACAUUGAGAAGGAAAAGAUAGAGAAUUACAUACCAAGUCUUAUCACGGCCAGUGAAAAAGUGUUGACAGAAACUAGUUCUAACGGGCGUGAGAAAAUACGGGAAGAUAUAAGAGAGAUUAAAGAUCGCUUUGACAAAAUCAUCAUUGCGGUAAACAAUCUGAAAAAGCAGUUUGACGUAAGGUCUGUACAAUGGUCUUCAUAUCAAGACAUUGUGCAGCAAAUAUUGUCCUGGCUUGAUGUUACAGAAAAGAAAAUAGACACAAGCGAAUCCCAAAGCUGGAAUUCCACGCAAGAAAUACGUUCUAAGCUUUUCAAAUACAAAGCUUUGAUGCAGGAAAUCAUGAGUCAGAAACGAAUGAUUGACUCAUUGAACGAAAAAACGACACAAGUUUUAAACAAUCGAGACGAAAAUAUUACUGCAAAAGUACAGUCUAUCAAUGAGCGAUAUGAACUAUUGAAAAAAUCCUCUGCUGAUAUUGUUUCAAAUCUAGAACAAUCCUUAUUAUUACUCAACAAAUUCAAUGAACUUCAAAAAGCGCAUAUUGACGAACAAGAAGAAUUGCUUAAUGAUCUAAAGCAGCUUUCUGAUAUUUCUGGAAGCAAAAAAUCUAUCCAGGACAAGUUACAGAAAGUUGAUGAUUUGCAACACAUUCUACCCGAAAAAAUGAAUAAAUUGAGAGAUCUGAGCAAAUUGAUAUCAGAUAACAGUGACCUUAUAUCCUACGGUGCAAAAAUGAAUAUGGAGCAAGAUUUAGUAAAAGUUCAACACGAAUUUGAAAAGCUAAACAAUUCGAUUAAUGAUACCAAAAUUGAGCUGGAAAAACGCAUUCAGCUAUGGGAUGCAUAUCAAAUGGAAUUGGAUGACAUCAAUCGAUUCCUGACAGGAAUUGAAGAUUCUAUGCGAGGUUAUGGCCUGAAAAAUACUCUGAUUGAAAAACAGGAACAACAUGAUAUCUACCAAGCCUUGAAUGGAAAACUCAAACACAAGCAUUUGUCUUUAGAUGCCCUGCUUGACAAAUCAUCCGAGCUACUUCAAAGCAGUGGAGAUGCAAAAAUAUCCUUCAAUAUGCAGCAGAUUAAGUCUCGAAUGCAGUCUGUUGAAAAUACCAUAAAAGAAAUUUCGAAGAAAUGCGAACAAGCAUUUGAGGAACAUAAAACAUACAAAGGCAAAUAUGACGAAUGUAUUGCAGUACUGGACCAAAUUAAGGAGACGUUUGUGAACUGUAAGACCAAUCAGCAGCAAAGUCUGGAGAAUGUUAUUCAAACUAUGAAGAAGUUAUUAGCCGAGCAAAACUCUGUUAACGUGCAGUGUAGCUCUGUGUCAGAUAUGGGAGAAAGACUCUACACUUCAACAGCCAUGAAAGGACAGCAAGCGCUUCGAACUGAGAUUCAAGAAUUGUUAUUACGAUUUGAACGCUUGUUUGAUGAAAUCAGUUCUUUCUUAAAAACAUGCGAAGCUAAAUCCACUAAACUUUCAGGUUUCAAUGAGAAGCUUGCUCAAAUUCAACAAUGGUUAAAUGGCAUCGAUUCAAGUUUGUCUGGCGAAAUGGUCUUGAAACCAACCCUUGAUGAGAAAAUUUCCCAGCAUCAAGCAUAUCAAGAUAUGAUGAAUGACAUAAAAAAUCAUAAGCCUGAACUGAACAACAUACAGGAUCUGCUCAAUAACCUUAAAGAAGAGGAUGUGAGCAUAGAUCUUGUUUACAGCGAGGUCAAUAAGGCAUACAAUGAAUAUUUUGAUAGAUGUCAAGGUUUUGUGGUUGCUUACGAAAAAAUCGUAAACAACCAUCGUCAAUAUUGCAAGGCGGUAUUGGAAACUUCAGAUUUCAUUGACGCAAAUCACAAUACAAUUGAACUUUGGGGUGAGACUGAUCUUGACCAAGUGUCGUUGCUUACGAAUCUGGAUCGAUUGAACGAGUUGAAGAAAUCUAUCAUAUCGGAAAACAAUCGAAUUGAGCAGAUACGAACUAUCGGGGAAAUGACCAUUCCUGAUACUAGUGACGACGGAAAGACUAAUAUCAGAUCGCAAAUAGAUAUUUCUCAACAGGAUUGGGAGGGGCUUUUAGUAGCUAUUGAUAGCACAAUUGAAAAAAUUCAAUCCAAAGUAUCGGAAUGGAAUGAUUAUGAAAAAAUGCGUUCGGAUUGUAUGAAUUGGAUCCGUAACGUGGAUUCAAAGAUACACUCAGUUGAUUUGAAAGCUACCCUCAACGAAAAGAAAGCGACAUUAGAUUAUCUGAAAAGCUUACAGGGUGAGGUGAAAGCUAAGGAGUUAGAAAUUGAUAAUUUUACCGAAAAGGCGCAACAACUUUAUAGAGGGUAUCUUAGCAGUAGGAAUUCACAAAUAUCGGAAUUGGCUAUAAAGUAUCAACAAACAGCAAAUCGCGUAAAAGAACUUUCCACAAGAUGGCAGCAAUACGUUAUCAACCAUCAAGAAUUGGAAACCCAGAUUUCCAAUUGUAAGCAAUGGUUGAAUGGGGUAAGAGAAAAAUUGAAUUACUGUACUGACCAGAGUACUACUUCCGAAAAAGAACUACAGAGCAAAUUGAAGCUAAUUCAGGAGCUCAUAGUUAAUAAGGACGAAGGAAGCUCAAAGAUUCAGCUUAUAAUGGAUCUGGCACAGCAAGUUCUUGCCUGUACUACUUCGGCUGGCCACGAGACAAUUAAUCGAUCUGUAGCGGCUUUACAAGAGGAUUGGUCUGUUUUGACACUGAAAAUGAUAGAUGUGAAAACUAAUUUGGAUGAAGCUAUCAAUCAAUGGUCAGGAUUUUUAGACCAAGUAAAUGAUUUGCGGAAGAAUAUUGAAUGGAUGGAAAAUGAAUUCAAAGGGUACUCAGAAUUUCAACCGACAAUGGCGGAAAAACGUGCUCAAUUGGACAGAAUUAAAAAUUGUGAAGAAAAAAUUCGUAUUGAACGCAUUGAAAUUGAACCAUUAAAACAGAACGCAGCAGAAAUGUGUCAACAAACUCAAGCUGCAUGCACGGCGCAACAGAUCCUUGGAAAGUUUGAUUACAUGGCUGACCAGAUCAGUAAACUACUCACUGAAAGAGAAGACCAAUAUCGGGAUCAUCGAUUGUACAAAGAGGCAUAUGACGAUUUGUUUAAUUGGAUAAGUAGAGCUCGUGAAAAGUUACCAUGUAUAAAACAGCAAUCGUUAAGUGACAAGUUAUCAAUAGACAACGCAAUCGCUCCUUUGGAUUCUCUCAUGAACAAAAAAGCCCAAGGAGAACUCUUAGUGGAACAUUUAGUUCACACUGGUGAAGUAGUUAUGGCAUCAACGUCUGCUAAAGGUAAAGAACUGAUCAAGAGUGACAUAAAUGGGUUGAAAAACAAUUUUGAAAACCUAUUCAAGGAGAUUGCUGAUCAAAAGCGUAAUCUUGAAAAAACUAUCUCGAUGCUUCGGGAAUAUAAAGACGAGUAUGAACGUCUUUCGGAAUGGCUGCAGCAAAUUGAUAUAAUUGUUAAAAAUAACAAACUGACCAUGUCCUCCAAUUUACAAGAAAAAGAUAAACAAGUCAAAGAUAUGCGAGAAUUGAUCGACAGAUUAGGCAAAGGGCAAACAGAAAUGGAUAAAUUCAACGCAUUUGCCGCUCCACUUUUACAAUCCCAUUUAGAUUCCUAUAUUGGAAACCAGUUAAGACAUCUUAAUUCUCGGUACCAGGUGCAAGUAAAUAUUGCUAAAGAUGUCCAGAAGAAAGUAGAAUCAAACUAUGAACUUCAUAGAGAUUAUAAUGAUUAUCUACGGAAAGCAAACGCUUGGAUAGAAAAUGCUAAGGACAUUGUUAGGUACUCAACAGAUAAUGUAGAACAAGUUAGUAAGGAAAACUUGGAAAAACGGCUGGAAAAAGUUGUCGAAUUAAUUCAACAACGUGAUCAGGGACAAAAUCUAGUGAACAACACAAUCAACACUGGAGAAAAAGUGGUAAAAUGUACGAAAUCCGAUGGAAGAGAAGUAAUCAACAACGAACUCAAAGAAAUACAAAACAGUUGGGACCGUCUUGUGAAAAAAAUGUCCACCGCUAAGGUUCAUUUGGAAACCAGCUUACUUCAGUGGGCAGACUAUAGCUCCAGCUACAAUCAUCUCACGCAGUGGAUGCAGGAUCGGGAAUCAAAACUACAGAGAGUCAGUGAGCAAAAGGUUGUAAGAUUCAAGACAAGUGCACCUUCUAGUCUCAGCAGUGGUUUGAAUGAGAGGAGAGCUAAUUUACGCCAAGCCAACGACAUUGUUCAAGACAUAGUUUCCUUUGAACCAAUGAUUCAGUCGGUUGCCAAUAAAGCGUCGGGUCUUCAUCAAACAUCUCCAGCUUCUGAAAUUUCACACAAGUAUGAAAAUCUAAGCAAACAAGCCAAGGAAGUUUUUGCUAAGCAAAAAGAAACUGUUGAACUUCAUCAAGCCUUUAUCGACUCGAGUAAUGAAUUUGCUGCCUGGAUUCGUAAUGCCAAGGAAAAUCUAAACAAAUGCACUGAUUACAAAGGUGAUAAGGAUUCUUUGGUUUCGAAAAUGACGCAGCUUAAGAUUCUUGAGAGUGACGCCCCCGUUGGACAGAAGAAACUCGAGAAAGCUCUUGAGCAAGCUGAGAUAGCAUGUCGAAUAGUCGAUGCGGAAGAAUGUGAAGCUAUAGAAAAGGAGGUCGCUAUUCUUCAAGAGGAAUUCGACAACUAUUGUCUAGCUUUGAAAAAAAUUGGAGCGGCUCUGGAAAAUGGUAUUGUUCGUUGGACUGAAUACGACGACCAGUAUAAAAUUGCUCAGAAAUGGUUGGACAAAAUUGAGCAGGAAAUUCAAUCAUAUAAUAAAAUGCAAAAUAGUCUUGAAGAGAAAAAAUGUGUGUUGGAAGAGUUCCAGGAAAAACUGCAAACCUUAUUCGAUUGGCAACGCGAACUCGAUACCUUGAACAUGAAAGCUCAAGUCCUGCUAGAGAUUUGUGCUGAUACGCGAGUUAGUAACGGAGUUACUCAGCUAACCACCAAAUAUAACGUUCUGUUAUCAAUUGCCAAGGAAACAAUGCGAAGACUAGAGCAACACUAUCAAGAACAUCAGCAACACAAUACGCUAUACGGUGAAUGCCAGGAUUGGCUGGACAGAUUGCGUGAAAGGUUGAAUGAGUGUGAUGCAACUCCACAAACUAUAACCGAAACACAGUCCAAACUCAAUAUCAUAAAAGGAAUCCGACAAAGCCUUGAGCAAGGUCAGAAUAAAUUGCGAUAUCUCUUUGAACUCAAGGAGAAGAUUGUUCUCAGUACUGAAACCAACGGUGCUUCAAAAAUUGCCGAAGAUACAGAUAACAUCAAAACUGACUAUGAGUCUCUGAUGUUGGAUAUCAAUGAAAAUCGUCAAAAGCUAUUAAAUCAUUUGGCACAACUUGAAGACAUAGGAAAACUUUCAAAAAUCCUCUCCGAAUGGGUUGAAGAGGUUCAAGGCAAACUUGAAGACAGUUCAGUACUCACUGAACUAUCUGACAGGCGGGUUGCUUUGGAAAAGUACCGUGCUAUCCAACGUGAAACUGGAAACUAUAACGAGAUAGCAGACAAGAUCAAAGAAAAACUCACUGGAAAUAGUAGCAUCGGAAGCGAAAAACACAACCAACUACUUAAAGAUCAUGAAGAUUUGGUUUCAAAAAUUGCCAUUGAGAUUGAAAACUUGGAAAAUCAAGUCAAUAACUAUGAGAAAUUCAAACAGGGGCUUCAAGAGUUAUAUGAGUGGAUGAAAACUGCUCGCUUGAGAACAGAAAAACUCACAGAUUAUCAUGGCGAUAAGGAGCACAUUGUGGAACAAAUCAAUAAAAUAAAAGACAUACAGUUGUCAUUCUCCGAAGGAAAAAUUUUGCUUGAAAAUGCACAGGACCUUGGAAGUAAGCUACUUCAGAUUGUAGGUCAAGAAGGUCAAGAUUCUAUCAAGCAAGAACUUCUACAAGCCAAUACAGACUGGGAAGAUAUUGAAGCUUUGUCAAGAACAGUCGAUCAAGAGUUGACUGAUGUACUUUCUUCCUGGGAAAGUUUCUUGGAAAAAUCUGACGACAUCAACUCAUUCAUCUUGGACCACGAAAGCAAAAUAUCAUCAUUCAAUGCUGAAAACAGCGCAGAACAGGAAAAUAAUCUCAAACAACUUAAGCAAAUCUUCAAUUUAAUUGUGAGCAAGAAAAAUUCCAUUGAGGAAUUGAAUGAUAUCUGCGAAGCAUUAAUGGAAAAAUGUGCAUGCUCUAUGGUUCGAGACCGCACCGUUGAACUUCAAAAAAAUUAUUCGACACUUCUAGUGAAUUUGCAAGGAUUAAUUUCGAAAUUGGAGAAGAAUGUUGUAAGCCAUACGGAAUUUAUUUAUUACAAAGAUGAACUGCAAAAGUGGAUUGAUGAAGCAAAACGAGCAAUCAAUGACUCGCAAUAUAUGACAUCCGACGACAUAGUGAAUACCAAAAAGAAGAUCUAUAGCAUACAAGCUCUUUCAAACACCGUUCCUCAAGGUCAAAAAUUGUUUGAAAUGUUACAAGAUUCCUUCACAAAAUCAUCGUACCUGUAUUCGGAGGAUAAGCAAACAGAUAUGUUCCAAACAAUAUCCGAGCAACGCGAUGAGCUUGAUGCCAUUGUCAUGAAUAUAAGUGCUACCUUGAACAACUUAAAUUCUAAAUAUAAUCGCUUGGAACUGUACGAAGAACUGAAGAAACGGAUCGCAGAUUGGUUGAAUGCCACUGAAGGUGCAUUUGAAACAUUACCGGAAACACACGGAGAAAUGGGUGAACUUAAAAUGCUACUAGAGAGGGUUAAGCACAUCCUUACGGAAGUAACAUUUAAGCAAUCUGAUCUAGAUAGCAUCCAACAAGAAGCUGCCAAUCUGUUUGACUCGAGUAAAUGUGCUACAGAAAGCGAUAAAAUUUUAAAUAUGCAAAAAAGAAACACCAAGUUGAAGGAAAAAUGCAUGUAUCUAAUCCAAAAUUUGGAAAUGGAACUUCAGGAUCAAAUGACAUAUUAUCAAAAUUUACAAGAAAUAGAAAAGUGGUUACUUCAAAUUUCCUUCCAACUUAUGGCACAUAAUUCCUUGUACAUCCAUAACCGUGAACAAACAUUGGAACAAAUUGAACAGCACGAGAAGCUUCUGAAUGAAAUCCAACGUUAUCAAGUGAAUAUUGAUGAUUUUAACGUCAAAGCCCAAAAUCAAAUAGAACGAUAUGUGGUGCAUUCACCAGAAAUCAAAAAAAGAAUAGAAAAUCAGAUAAAAAACAUUCAGGAAAGCUACGAUUCACUGCUGAACACAUCGGUGCAAAUAAAAAAUCGUCUACAUGAUUCGUUACACAAAUUCCAAGAGUACGAGGAUACGCUUGAUGAUAUCAAAAGAAAUCUUGAUGAGCUUGAGCCCGAAGUUGAAGAAAAGAAGAAGAUCAGAGCAGUAGAUUAUGGUGGAGUUAAAACGCAGCUUGAAUGCGCCCAAAACUAUCACAACAAACUGCAAGUUGAAAAAAGUAGAUUAGUUCAUGCUGUGCAGGCUUGUGAAGCAGCAACUGCAAGCAUCAGUCGACCAAGUUCACCCAUCGAUAGUGCCCAUCAAGUAAUUCCUGAGAAGGAGCUAAUGGUGCGUGCACGUUUGGAAGAUCUUAUUGAUGAGGUCCAAUCAUGGAUAGCAGAUCUUAUAUCAGCCGUCAAUGAUUGUGAACGACAACAUAAACACCGAGUUGAAUUGGAGCAAUGGAUUGAAAAACAAACAGCAAUAAUUAACGAAUGGUCAUCUAAACCGUCCAAGUUCCGAUCGGAGGCAGCAGAACAAGAACUGAAGCAAAUGAAUGAAUUAUUAAGAAACAUCAUUAUAAAGAAAGAUGAAAUACUCGAAAAAGACGACCAUACACUGGUCGAUAAGCUGGAUGAUCUUGCAAUACGUCUCAAACAAGUAAUCGACAGUAAAUCUGGCAGUCAGUCAAGUAUUGAUAGAUACAAAAAAAGCUAUGAAGAUACACAGCAUUGGUUGGAUGCAAUGAUCAACCAAAUCAACAAUCUUGAGAAGGGAAGCGGUUUGAACUGCAAACAGAGACUUGAUAAAGUCGCAAAUAUUCAAAAGAUACUCGAAGACGAUUGCGACACAAUGGAAAACUAUAAGAAACAAGCUAUGCAUGUUAUUGAUCUUGUCAGCAACUUGGAUGCACAACAAGUGACUGAACAAAUGAAAUCGAUUGACCGAAGAUACAAUGAUAUAAGCAAAAGAUUGAACAGAAAGUUUGAAAUGAUUGAUUCUACAAAUAAAGUGUUCACGAAGAUAGUUGCUGAAGUUGACUCGGUUCGGCAAUGGUUAAGUGCAAAGAAUGAGUUCAUGAAUGUACCAUACACGCUAGGCUUUGACACAAAAUCAGUUGAAGCACAACAGCAGCUAUUCAAAAGCUUACUGAAGGAAACGGAGAAUAGACAGUCAUUUAUGGACACUGUUGGAAAAAGGUAUUCAAACAUUCAAAAUGAUUUAGAACCAGCUGAAAAGCAACUAUUGGAAACAGAUAUUAAGAAACUUUGCAAAGAACUUAACUCGCUUCAUGACAGCAUUCGUCGAGAAAUCGAGAAAAUCUCGGAUGAUAUCCUUUGCCGUAGAAAUAUGCAAAACAACUUUGAAAUGACACGUACGUGGAUAAAAACCAAGUUGAAUGAUAUCAACAAAAUUUCUGACCAACUUCCGCUAUUAGCGUCGAACGUACUCUCUGAGAUUAACCUAUGCAAGCGACAUGAUCUAACAAUUCGGGAGUUCGAAGAAAACGCAUUCAAGGAUGUUAUCAAGCAAGUAAAUGAAAUCAUGAAAGAAUGUAAUGAAGAAGGACAAGCAAAGUUGUCAAAUGAUGUUGAGAGUAUCAAGAAUAAAUUGAGGGAUUUGAUUGAAACUUGUGCAAGGAAAAUUGAAUUCAUGGAACGAGAACAUCUAAAACGUGUUGAAUUCGAGCGUAGAAAGGAAACAAUCAAUACUUGGUUAACUGAAGCUGAACCAAUUGCAUCGUUGAACGUCAGAAUCUCCAGCUUGGACAUUCUCAAGGAUCAACUUAAUAGAUUGACUAAGACAUUCGAUGAAUGUAAAGCUAUGAAGCUUUGUUUGAAAGAGCUCGAUGAAUAUAAAAAUGCCAUUACCCCUACAUUGAACGAAGUUGACAAAAAUAAUAUCACUGUUCAAAUAAGAACAGCGCAUGAGAAAUGGAAUACCCUCCAUAGCAUAUUAGCAAGCAAACUAGAAAAACUAAAUAGCCAUAUUGAAGAGUACGAACAUGCGUUAGACAAAAUAAAAAGAUGUGAAGAAUUUUUGGUUAAAGUACAAAACCAGAUACGUGACAUGAACAAGCCAGUUGCCAGUAAAAUUGAGUGCAUACAAGAUUUUCUAAUGGCAUACGAAACAAUUCUGGGCGAUUUGAAAGAGAGACGUCUUGACUUGAAUACAAUACUCCUGACCAAUAUACCACAAUUGCGCGAGAAUACAUCCAAACUGGAAGAAAUGAUUAUGACGAUUGAAGAGCAAUUGAGAAGACUAAAAUCAAUGCUGAACAUGAGAGAACAAUUCAUUGGUGCUGUCAACGAAGUCGUCAAAGCAAUAGCAAAAAUCAACUCCGAAUUUAACGAAGUUGAUAAUUUCUCACCAGAAAUUGAUGAGCGGUUAAGAAAGUACGACAGCAUAUUACACCACAUCGAAAGUUGUAAUGUAAUGCUUGUCUCUACGUCGGAUAAAGGACGCUUGAUAGCAAACGAAGGGACAGACCUCGAUCGCCAUAAUAUAAUGGAUCAACUGCAUUCUCUGCAAACUCAGAUGGAUUCCAUCAAGCGGAAUGUGAUUAUAGAACAAGACAAAUACCAGAAGCAACGCAUCUACCACAAUACACUUUUCAAGGAAUAUUCUACGUUGAUAGAUUGGUUCCGCCAAAAUAAUGACAUUAUCGAAUCUCGUCCAUUGUACAGUGAAAGUCUAAAGGAUUCAGCUGAUCUCAUAGCCUCUCAUGAGAAAUUGAAUAUCCAGGCACGAGCCAAACUUAAUCAACUUGAGGAUCUUAAAAACAAAAUACAAUCUGACCCCAAAUUACCAACACAUCUCCAAACAAAAAUUUAUGAAGCUCAGCAGUACCAAAAUACUGUUCCAAAUGAACUGGACAGCCGUGAAACGUACCUUCAACAAAAUCAUCGCUACCGAUGUGCCUAUCACGAAAGUCUUAACCAAAUUGAUAAGUGGCUCAAUGUGUCCGAAAAGCGUCUAGAAAAAACUCAUGCUUUUAAGUUUGAUAUCAGUUCGGUGAAUCAAGAUUUACUGGAGCUGGAAAAGAUUGUGGAAACCGAGGCAACGAUAAGAAAUUUGUUAUUCCACGGAAUUCAGGAGCAAGCGGAUUUAUUCUGGAGCACACUCACAGAGAAUGAUCAGGAAAAAUGUUUAUCACAACUCCAAUUGUAUAAGACACGUCUCGCUGAGGUUUCAAAUAAUAUCGCAAUUCAUCAAAACGACGUACUGUUAAACAAGAAUCUACUGGAACAAUACAAAACACAGCAUGGAAAAGUGGUUUCCUGUCUUCGUAAGAAUAAACUUGACGAAUCUCUGAUGAAUCUACCUUCCCUUACGGCACGCAUAGAUCACGUCAACAUGCUGUCACAAACGUUGCGAGCGAACCAACACGAACUGGAUGCUCUUAAUGAUAUAUCUAGUCACAUUAUCGAAAAAGCCCACCAGAUUGAGAGUGAUAAAAUUAAUAAGGAAAGUAUCGAACUAAACGCCAGUUGGACUAGUGAGACAAGUCUUUUGGAAAAUCUACACGAAAAUUUGAUUCAAUUGCGGCAACAGUGGGUUCAAUUGGAAGAUAUUCUCCAAGAGCUGGAAACAAAGUCGAAUAAUUUGCUGGAGAAGGACAAGAAUCUGGAUUUAACCGUGCAAUCGAAAGAGAAUCUGUUGUCUAAGAAUCUAUUAGUCCAGAAUUUGUUAGAUGACAAAUCCGUCCUUGGUCAGUUGAACGGAAAAGCUAAUUCAUUAGCUAAAACUUUGAUCGAAGCUCUAAGGGAACAACAACUGUCACCGCAUACAUUGGAGGAAAAAUUAAACCAUUUGAAUCAAAUCGACUCUAGGUUGGCUGAAAAUUUGAAAAUAAAACAACGACACAUAAGACAGAAAAUAGAAGACUUGCAGCAUUUCUCCGAGCAAAUUUCAACCCUUACUGCAUCUGCUCAAGCGUUGUUGGCAAAUCUUAAGGAAAUAAAUCCUUUUGAUGAACGGUUAUUCCAAACAGAAAAGAAGCUACUAUCGUGCAAAUCAAAGGCAAAUGAGUACUCAGAUCAAGCAAUUCAAAUUUCUAAGCACAUAGACGACAAGUAUUUAGCUACUCAGGAGUUCAUUCCUGUUGAUUUAGAGGAGAAAAGAAAAGCAUUGGAAGCAUUGCUUGCCAACAUUUCUGACACCAUGGAAGAAUACAACUGCAAAUACCGAAAAGCCAAGGAAGUCCGAACAGACUACUUUGUAGUGUAUGAUAAAAUCAAAACCUGGAUAGAAAAUGCAGAACUGACCAUGAGUAAUCACAACAUCGAUCCCAGUGAAUUAAAGACAAAACUAGUCCAACUAAUACACGAUUGUAAGGAUGUACGGCUAGCGUAUGAACAACUAGUGUACAAUGGUAGUGAAAUAAUCAAAAACUGUUUGGACAGCAAUGAUCAGAGAGCGAUGCAAGCUGAUGUGGAUCAAAUAUCCUUUGAACUCACAAAAACAAUUCAGCUUGUUGAGGAAAAGAACCAGACGGUUGACCAAAUUCUCGGAAACUGGGCUAAUUUCAUGAGAGUUUAUCAACUGGUUGUCGACUGGUCAGUUAAACUGCGCACACUUUUGAAUCGAAAACUGCAACUCAAUUCACUCCAAGAAGCCCAAUUAGCUCGCCAAGAUUAUGCGAGCGCAGUAUCUAGUCUGACUGAUGUAUCGCAAAACUUAAGCGAAAUGAAUCACGAAUUCGAUAAAAUAAACGAAGUAUGUUCGACCGGAUAUUUGAAAAAUAAAUUACACGAAGCCGAGACACUCAAAAUCGACAUCGAAACCGUCCUAUUCGAAAGGAAUUUGUUCCUACAUGAAACUACAGAAGAGUGGCAGCAGUUUGAGCACAAAAUAAAGAGUGUAAGAGAAUGGAUACAAGGCGGUUACCAUUCUCUAAACUCUCCAGAACUGAAAAAUAAACCAUUACGUGAUCAACUGAGAAUUCUUGAACAAAUGCUUGCUGACAUUUCGGCACAAAAAAUCAAAGUCAAUAUGUCACUUGAGAAAUUACAGGUCCAUUUCCAUUCGGAAGUCGUAUACUCCGAUAACCCUAACAUAGUGCAUAGUGGACGUACUGUUAUUGAAGAUCUCGAUAAGCUUAACAGAGAUGUGUUCCAAACCACGCAAAACUUGGACAAAGCGUUAGUACAAAUCGACGAGUGUCAAAGUGAAAUGCAAACAAUACGGCAACGUAUUGUGCAAGAAGAGCAGCAGCUUCGGAAUAUUUUAUCACCACUACAUCAGUCAUGCGAUAGUGAUAAGAAUGAACAGACACUUACCGAAAGUGUGGAAAAUAUUUUGGAAUCGCUGCUCGGUGAGGAAUUAAAGAUGAAUAAUCUCCCGUAUGAUAACAUAAACGAUUUAAUCAAGGGACUACAGGUGCUAAUCGAAAAGCUGGCUGAUUACAAGCAGCAAAACUAUGCUAUAUCAAUGAGCCUCCCACCGAAUGCUGACGAAAAGGUUAGAGAAUCUGUUCGGAUGAUUGAUGAUCGAAUAGAUUUUCUACGUCAACGAGCACAUCAUGGAUUAGAAAAGAUACAGCAAUCACUUAAACUAAGAGAGCAACGCAAAUCAGAAAUACGUUCCUAUUCCAACCUGUUAGAAGAAAUUGACCAUUGGGUGUCUACGACGUCAAUUCAACUUACUGAUAUUGACGAAAGUGCAUCGAAAAAUAGCCUCGAAGAAGUUCUGCAACAAAAUCAGAAGCUAUUGGCUGAACUGCGCGAAAAGGAGCAUCAGUCGAAGACCAUUUACGAGUCAACAGAAAAUUACCUUAUGUACGCAGACAUAUGUGAUAAAUCAAAUGCUCUGAGAGAACAGUUCGCAAUUCUCAUCAGAACAAUUCGUGAAAAAGCUUUAAUUCUUGAAGAUAACAUACAGCGCAUCAAGCAACUAACAGAACCUGUCGCUAUGUUAAAGGUAGACAGUGAAAUGCAAACUAGUCCACUAGUUUCAAUGGAUCCUAUGGACAGCGUUACAACGCAACUUCAAGAAGCGUCAUCACAAACUCACAUUGAAAGGUCCACAGACAACUUGAUCAUUAUCCAGUCCAUAUCAGAAGGCCACGAAACUGUUCAUAUAUCAAAUGCUCGUAAUGCUCCUUCCAUUAUUCCAGAAGAAGAAGAAGAAGAUAUAAUAGUGGAAGCUAAAUAUACGCAAUCCAAAUCUGGUGAAUCUAACAAAUCAUCGGAGCUAUUGCUGAGAAAUAUACCUACUUCUACAUUUGAAACAACUUUCGUAGAACCAGACGACAGUUCCAUGGAAAUUAUAGUUGGUAAAGAUGGAUCGAAGAAAAUCACUCUAAAAAAAGUUGUUCAGCCGGUCCAAUCCAUUGAACCAUCCGAUAUGACUGAAGCAUUGAUUACUGCAACACUUGCACCAGAUGCACAAGCACACAUUUUGACAGAUACUGAAACAAGAGAUGAUUUAACCUUCAUGGACAAGACAAUGGAACCUCAAAAGGUAGUUGAAAGUAUAUUGGAUGAUAUCCAGAAUGAACUAGUCAGUGUCAUGGAACAACAUGAUGUAGAACCUUUGGGAAGACAAACUCAAGAUGCUCAGGUAUUAGAAUCGGUUGCACAAAAUGUAGAUUUGAUUGCUUCUGAAGUUGAUUCACCAACUAGUACUAUACAAAGCACGCCGCUUAUCAAAGAGUCUAAAACUAAUCUUAUAGAACCUCAAUGUUCCUCUACAGCAGCAUUGACCGAUGAUACUGUAAUAGGAAUAACUGAUGUGUGGCCUCCAUUAGAAGAUACAGGUAAAGUACCCUUAACUAGAACCCAUGCAUUGCCAUCUAAGGUAGCAGCUCCUCUACAAGAAACAUAUGAAAACCCAGAAGAAAUAUGGCCAACCAAUAUGAACACCGGAUCGGAAUACGCCAUAAAACCAAUAAUUGAAGAUGUUCAUUCAGUAGAAUAUCCUUUAUCUGAAAGAGAACAAAUGGUCGAAGAAUCAACAGAUGUCAACAAGGGCGAUAUUACCUACCGCGACAUUCCACAACCUGGAACUGUGUUGCCUAUUGAAACAAACGUGAAUUCAAGUAAAAAAGACGAAAAUAGUCUUGUUAAAACUAGCGAUGCCACAAUGGCUUCAGAUAUUCCUAUUGAAGUUACCAUAUUAUCAGAACAAAUCCCUCCAGAACCUCCAAAAAGUGAUAAUGAUCAACCCCGGGAAGAUCGGUUUGAUGACCAACUAAGCGCCUACCUACAAAAACAAGAUGUUGUCCCAGAUUCCACAGCAGAGGACCGAAGAAAGGAUAUUGAACCUGAGCCUUUAUUGAUAAAGCCCGAUGAAGCGGCCACUGAGAAGAAACUUGAAGUACAGAUUUUGUCUACAAAAGAAGACCAGGGAGCUGUCAAACUGAGUAUGAAUCUCGACCCUGCUGAUGCUGCUAAAAACAUUAAAGUAAGUUUUGUUGAGCUUGAAUCAAAACCGAAAGGAGAUGAUGCUAUCAAAGAAGCUCAACAGAUAGAAAUAGACAUCCUUCCAGUAUCUGAAGAGUUUUUCCUAGCCGAGAAAGUUCCAGGUCUUAGUGAUGUAGAUUUUGAUAAAGGUUACGAAGCGGAUAAAACUACUAUUGAAGGAGAAUCGGAAAAUGAUGACCUUUCCAAAAAGAAGAAGCGGAAGAAGAAGAAGUCAAAACAACAGAACUCAGAUCCACGGGUAGCUAAAUCCACCGAAGGAUUGGCUGCUGUAGAACUUCAACAGGAUAUUCCAAUAUUAGAAACAUGUGAAAGCAUAGAAGAGGAUCAGGACUUUGAAACUAACCCGAUUCAUGUGAUUGAAGAAAGUGUAUUAGGUCCAGAUGAGCAGUUAACGUUAUCAAUACAACAGCAGAUUGUCGUUCCAACAGAAAUUCUGGAAGCUGUAUAUGUUGAAGAUGCUCACCAACAAACAACGCCUGUUAAAGAAGAUUUCCUUGAAGACGAAGCUGACCGUGAAAUAGCACGAAUCACCUCGGACAUUCUGCUGGUUCCACUAAACUUUGAACAAAAAUCGAUGCAAACAUCUCCUGAACAAGAGGUAGUUAAAAAAUCUCAGCAAACUUCACCCAUCGUAACGCAGUCUGUAGUUUACGAGUUCAAAGAAGUUCAGACUACUGUUGAUUUAUUAGAAAAUGAAACACAAACGGUAGAUAUCGUAAGCAAACAUCACGAAGAAAAGGAUAUUCAAACAGAUUCGUUCGAAACACAAGCAACGGAAGAAAGUCAACCUAAGGUGGAUGUUUCCGAUUCUGCAAAUCAAACAGUAGUUGUAACCACAGCUGAAUCCGAGAUGCAAACAGUUGAUGAUGUAAAACAAUUAGUUGAACCGAUAGUUGUCAAAAUCAUCGACAAGGCAAUAGGAGAAGGAAUUGAUUUGAAACUGAGACAAGAACAGACUCAAACAAGUCCAGUUGAGUUUGCUCAAUCGAAUAUCACUGUCUCACUAGCUUCACCCGAUACUCACAGUGAAGCCGUUCAAACUCUUGCAACCGAUGUAACAGACGCGCAAACUGCAACUGAAGGAAAUAAUGAAGACAGAGGAUCAUCCCCAGUUGUACAAUAUGCUCCAACAGAAGUCGAAACACAAACUAGCCCUAUUCACAUAUCUAAUGUUUCACUUGAAUGUACCGUCACACAGGAAAGUCAACCAAAGCCCGAUCAACAAUCUGCUCCAGAAGUUCACAGUGCUAAUACACAAACAAGUCAAGUUGAGACAACAGAAGCGCAUGCUCAAACAAUACCUGCGGUAGAUAAAGCGGAAACAGUUGUAGAAAGUACGCAAACGGUUGCCAUUGAACAAUCAUCCGCACCAGAUCAAAGGGAAAAGAAGAAGAAAUCAAAGAAAGGAAAGAAAACCAAAACUAUUCCCAUUGAGUUGGAAGUGCAAACAGAACUGCAUAUUCCGGAUAGUGCUGGUGUGAUUGAACCAAUUACAUUAACAAGGACGGUCAUGGAAGAAAGAAGCAUCGACGGACAUAAUUCUCUUAAUGUUCAAAUUCAACUAGAACUUGAGCAUCCAAAGCAAACGACAACAUAUAGUGCCAUCAAAACGGAAAUUCCUGGAGAUAAAUCGUGGAGUAUCAGCUUAACCGACUACUUCUCAAUAAUCAGAGCUCACAAAAGUUUUGCUGAGAAUAAGGUAGUACCGUGGAAUGAGAUGGCUGUUAUGCUUCCGAAAAUAUAUUCUAUAACAACAACCAGCGAAUCCGUUCAAGGUCCUGGAUUUUCUUACAAAUCCUUAAUCACCGAUGAUUUUCCACUUGACCUCGAUAGCUCAAUUUCUCUUUUAGAAGGAAAUCGUCAUAAUACAGAGUUGCAGCAGCAAAUUCUUUUCGACGUGCUCGAAACAACAAGCAAACAAGUGGAAGAUAUUGCUGUAGGAUUACACCACCUACCACAGCUUAACGAAACAGAUCGUGUUGGGCUAUGUAAUGUGUAUAAAAUAAGGUUGCAAUACAUGUCAGACACAAUCCCACGCUUUGUCAAUUACGCGAUAGAAAAUAAUAUUACUCCCAAGCAAGAUAUUACUGCGUGUUUAGAACAAACAAGAAACAGCAUCGAGGAGUUGGAGACAACCAUCGCAUCAAAAGAAGAAGAAACACGCAUCAAUGAUAACAUAAGACACCAGUUUUCAGGCACGCUUUUACAGAUCAAUAGCCAAUUACAAGAAAUCGACGAAAAACUCAAUUCCAUUAUCCCCGACCUUUCACUUUCCGUACACGACAAGCUGGCUAGUCUAGAUAAUGUUGAAGAUCGCAUUGUAGAGUGCUUGAGAAAUAUAUCAUUGAUAUUUGAACAAGUUAGCAAUCUCAAGGAUAACGCCAAUGAAAUGUAUUUGGAAGAUGAUCUACUAAGGGCUGAUCAGAUUGCACGGAAAAUGCAACAGACGGUCAUCAUAGAAAGAAAUAAACUACAUCAACUAAAUGGAUUAGCUGAAGAAUACGAACAAACACUUCUGGAGUUCGAAGACAUCGCAUCUGCCGCUGCAGAUUUCAUAGAUAACGAAAUUUCUACCAACAGCUUGCAAGAGCUUCAAGAGGAAAUGCAACGGUAUCGUAAAUUCUUCGUCAACCUCAGCCAUUGCAAGAUGAUUCUAGAAUCGCUGGAAUCUAACUUGGAUCCAAUAACUCGUAUGAAGCAUGCCAAGCUACAUUCAGCAUUGUACAACAAAACAAGCAACAUUUUGGAGCGAGCAGUAGACAGAGCCGCCCGAUUAGCGCAAGCAGCUUCCAAAUGGACAGUCCUUGAGAAAGACAUGCGUGAUGAGGCUCAAUGGCUACAAGUUGCUCAACAACGCAUUCCGGAUCUACGAAAUGUGUCAUCCGAAGAUUUUGAACAAUAUAUUAAAUUAUAUGAGUCGUUGAACCAAGAUAUUUUCUGCCAUCAUACGAAAAUGAUGCAACACAACGAAAUUGCUAAGAAAAUGCAAGAACUCAUAUGUGCUCCAGUAUUGGAAAAGGACAGUAGUGAAGCUUUGACAGUGGUUAUGCAAUUGAAAGAAGAGGUAUCACUUUAUCUCAACAAACUGCGAAAAUUCAAAAACCACUGGAAUAGAUAUAAUAUCUGUGCCGAUAAGCUGCACGAAUGGAUUUGUGAAGCCUAUAAAAAUUUGGGCUCAAUCACCAUUCCGGAAAAUCUUGCUGAAACUCCAGUUGAGGAUAUGCGCAAAUUUUGGGAAGUCAAAGCUCAAUACGAAGUCAUGAACAAUAAAGUAUACGGAAAAGCUUGUGAUUCGCUGGAUCAUGCUUUAGCCACCAUCAACAUAUCUGAUGAAGAGCUGCAUCGUCAACUGCAUGGGAAAAUGUUAGAAAACUGGCUUGCUGUCUCUACAAAGAUAUCUAACAUUCAGAAGCAAGUUUACGAAUCCAUCAAAACUAAUUCUACGUCCCCCAAUGAUAAAAUAACGUUCAUUGAGCAAGAGCUGUAUGAUAUCAACAUAAUUUUCAACAGCAUAAAAGGAGUUCUCAAAUCCCCAGAAGACCUAUACUUGUAUUUGGAAAAAAUGCAAAUGUUGAAGACACGCAUUCAUUUGAUUGAUAAUGAGCUAGGGCAGAUUGCAUUGGCAUCAGAAUUUGACGUGGAAAAAAUCACUGAAAUAUUCGAUAUCUCUCGAAAUCUGUCUCACCAAAUCGAUGAGGAACAUGAAGCUGCUGAAACUUUCUAUAAACGCUUGGAAAACAUAGAAAAUGGUAUCAAAGAGCAAGAAAAACGUUUCAUUGAUAUCACUAGGAUAUUAGAUGAAUGUGCAACAAAAGUCAAUGGAAGAAGACCAGAUGUUGGAAAAUCACUGGAAGAUUGUAAAUUAUGUCAAUCUGAUCUAAGUGAUUGUUGGAACGAGAUGAUGAAACUAAGACAAAUGCUUCACACUUUGCCGAUGAAUUUGAAGGUGACUGUGUCACCACAGCAAACAGAGAGAGAUUUAUCCAUACUGCAAAACAUUCAUAGUGACCUUGAACGGAAAUGUGAGAAUAACAUGACUCUCUUGAGGAAUCGUCUGUCCCUAUGGAAUAAAUUCCAUUGCCAGAUGGAAAUUAUCCAAAAUCAUACUCAAGAAACAGAAUUCAUGAUGGAAUUGUUGCAACUGCAAGAAACUGCUGACUAUCAGCGCUUGUUGAAAGCUACUGAACGGCUUGAUGCCCUGCUCAUUGAGAUUGAAAACAGAAAACAUACAAUUGAUGACUUGCAAGAUAUUGCUCAACCAUUAAUUGAAACGUCGGAAGCUAGUGUUUCGUUGGAAAUUCAGGAAACAGUCCAGAAAAUUUCUGUUGUAUGGCAGAGCACCCGAGAAAGCUUGCAAGAUCUAUGUCAUAGAUAUGAAAAGGCAGUUAAGCUUUGGGAACUGUACAAUGGAAUCAGUGAAAGUGUAAGAGAUUGUGUUUCCAGUGAGUUUUCGGAUUUCAACGCGCUGAAAAAUAUCGAUAAUUUGCAACAACUGGCAAGCUAUCAAGAUUUGGUAGCCGGGAAGAGGAAAGACUUGGAUAAGCUGAAACAAUUCAUUGAUGACAUAAAUGGACAAGUCGGUUUCAAUGUAGGUAACACUAUGUUGUCCGAGAUUGAGGAGUUUGCGAAAAAGUUGGAAGAUAUUGAAGAAGGUAUUGUAUCGCAAUUGAACGAUGCAACCUUACGUAAAUCGGAGAAAACGCUAAAACAAACAACGUACCAAACUUCAAAUAAAAUAGUCGAACAGCUACAACAGAGCAUUCAAAGUCAACUCCCAGAUUCCGAGCUUGGCGAUCAAAUUGUGAAUCUUCAGAAGUAUUUGAUAAGUCUUAGCGCUACAGAAUCUCGUUUGAAGAAAAUUGCACUUGAUAAAGCAAGCACCGGUGCCGUCACUAAUACGCAAAUGGAUUUCAAAAAUUUGCAUUCUUUGUCAUAUUCUUUACUGCAAGAUACGUUCCAACAACACCAAGAUGUGCUUCAACGAAUAGUACUGCAAACCGAUGAUGCCUGCUUACUACAAUAUUGGCAAAAUUAUCUACAACAGGUCGAAAUAUUCCUAGCCGAAGUAGUACCCUGUGAAGAAACGAAGCUACAACAAUAUCGAGAUCAAUAUACUCUAAUGAGGUAUCUAGUUCGACAGUGGAAAAUCACAAUUAUGAAAAAGUCUCAAAUCGAAACCAGUCUAGAAGACACCUACAAUGUCUUAAAUCACCAACACAAAAACUGCAUUGAGAAAAUCGAUGAGAAGAUUUUUGAAAUUGAAGAAAAAUUGCAACAUUGGCAAAAAUACAAUUCAGCGAAAAAUGCAUUGCAAGAUGCAGUCACCAGCAUUGAGGCUGAGAAACAUACUCUUCAAUUGGAGUACAUCAACUUAAAAGAGUUGUCAAAAUUGAUUUCCAAAGUAGACCGAUUGCAAAAACGUUUCCCUGAACUUGAAACGGAUCUCUCCAAUAUGAACCAAGAGGUGACGCAACUAAUAUCGUAUCCCGUUGACGAUCAUACCAGUAUAGCUAUAAAAAAUGAUCACGGUAGGAUAACACAGCAAAUCUCGAAGCUACAAGAUAAUGUUACAACAUGGAGAAAAUUCCUAACAGGUGUACUGGAGUUGUACAACAACUUUGACUCUCAGUGCAACCAGAUUCAAUUUAACCUAAACGAGCUGGGGCAAUGCUUGGAAAGCUUCAACUGUGACAAUCCAGAGACAUCUCAACAUCAUUUAAAUAUGCUAAAGAAUGAACAGCUACGAUUGGAAUGUAUCAAAGAGGAAUUGCUGAAAAUAAAUGUUGCCAAAGAAGAGCUGCAAUAUUGUAUUAGCACAUUUGACGCAAAACUCAACAACAAACGUAUAUACGCUCUAUGGCAGCUUUUUGAAAAACUUGAGCAAACUAUUUCAGUCCUAGUAAAACAAAUGCAAGAUAGAAUACAAAACCGGAAGUUGUUCCAAAAACAAUAUAAUUUGCUGAUGGAAUGGAUCAUGGAGUUCGAAAAACGAAUGAACGAUUCCAACAAAUAUCAAAUGUGCGAAGAGGACACAACUUUCAUCAAGUCUGUGGAAGAUAUGCUUUUGCAAGAAGUAUCUUGCAAAGAAUCAGAAAUAGCCUGGAUUAACGUGAUUGGAAAUGAUUUGGCCGAAAACUUACCAGCUGGUGAAGAACGUACGGAAGUGAUAUCCAAGUUGAAGCACUUGAAUGAUACUUGGGCCAAACUUUUGCGCCAAUGCCAAGACCGCACUCAGAAGAUAUCUGAAGUUAACGCGACAACUAUAUCGUUGCAGCAGCGGAUAAAUGACGCUAGAGCAUGGAUGACAAAAAUCGAGUGUAAACUGAAACAACCAUUCAUAUUUGAGAACGUUGAGAAAAAUUGUUUGGAUAGGCUUCUAGAUGAUUAUGAAAAAUUACAGCGAUCGAUUGAAGGGAACAGUGUAAACAUAGCAGAGAUUCUCAAUUUGUGCGAAAUGCUGUUCACAGACGUUGAGUCUUGGAAUGUACAUAUUGACCGUAAACUUAUCAACCAUGAAGUGAAGCAUUUAGAAAUGAGAUGGAAGAAUAUCUGCAUGAAUACUAGCAGAAGAAAGCAGGACAUGUUGUCAAUCUGGAGCAUGUUAGUAGAAAUACAACAAAUAGUCGAGUCACAUCACGAUUGGCUUAUUCAGACCAACAAAUACUUGGAAGAAUUCGAUGAUCAGCGAGAAGUGCUGGAUGACGUAUCCCUUUGCAAUACAUUGCAAGAGCUUACUACUAAACAUACUGAUAUGAUUGCACAAGAGCCGAUUCAACACAUCCUUAGAAGAUUGUAUAUUUCAAUUAAUAAACACGAUCGUAUUGAACGGGCCAACAUGCACAAUAUCACAGUGACAGCAAAGCAAAUGCUAUUAAUUUGGGAAAAGCUCAUAUGGAAAUUCAAAGUCAUCAGAUCACGUACCGAAGAACUGAGAAACCUUUACUUGACAUUUAAUAGUGAAUACGAAAACAUCAUUGUGGCUUUAACACAAAUUGAUGUUCAAGUCACCAACAUUAAACACCUACAAGAGACUACAACUGAAGAGACACCGGAAACCAAAUUGAAGCACCUACGUGAAUUGCACAAUGAACUACGAUUUGUCAUCAAUCUUUUUGACAUGCAAGAUGAAGUUGGCAGUUCACUGGUACGAUCAUUACCCGUGAACAGUACGAUGUCACUGAAAGUACAACAACAGAUAUUAGAAUAUCAUCAACUUGCCAACAGCAUAAAGGACUCUUUGGAUGCUUUGGUAAAUCAAACUAACGAAGAAUCAGGAAAGCAUAAAGUUCAACAACAUUUCAAAACUGACGCUGGAAAAGAUUACGCUGAGCGAGAUUACGCUGUACAAGUAGACACGCUGCCUGCUUUAUCCAUUACUGCUAAAGAUGCGUACCAGUAUCAAUUGAAAACAGCUCUUACGGAAACAGAAUCAAACCUAGCAGCACUAAAUACCUCGAUUGCAGAAAUAAAUGCUAGUAAUUUCAUGAAAUCUACACAAACAGUAUCAAGAGCAUCGUCAGCCUGUGAGUCCUCCAUCGAAUUGAUCAAGCAUCUUAACAUGAUUUUAAUAUCGGAAUGCCACUGUGAUGAUGAAGAUGCAAUGAGUAAUUUAGUAAAAGACGAAUGUGAUAAAUAUACAUUAUAUCAAUCAGAAUGGCACACAAAACAGCAAAAAUUGGAAGAAAUGAGGUCGUUUCCUAUAUCUUAUAACUUCAUAUGUAUGCACAACGAAGAUUACUUAACAUGCCCUCUAUGCACAAAUCGAAAUUGGCAACAAAUCGAUAACGAUCUUUGGCGGCUCGAACAGUGGCUAUCAAUGGCUGAAACAACUCAAAAGUCACAGCAUACACAGCCACCAAACGAUAUUGAUACUCUGGAAGAUUUCAUUCAAGAUCACCGCGAGUUUUUGCUGGAUUUGGAUAGUCAUAAAAGCAUAAUAAAGUCGUUGAAUAUAGUUGGAGAGCACCUAGCCACCCACACACUAGACACUGAAAAGGCCAUCAAAUUGAGAGAACGCCUGCAAAGUAAUAACCAACGAUGGGAUAAGGUGUGCAAUCAAGCAUCACAUUGGCAAGCACAGCUCCAUAGAUCUUUGAUGGAAAACAAAGAAUUUCACCGAACAGUCACUGAGCUAUGCAUCUGGUUAGAGCAAACAGAGAACAAGAUCAAAUCAUCAGAGCCUAUCGACUUAACUACCGAUAAGAAAAUAAUUGAAAGGAAAUACAAGAUUUUCAAGGAACUCAGGAAUGAUUUAGUGCGAUGCGAACCACGUGUAGUGAGUUUACAAGAAACAACAUCACAGUUAACAAAAUAUUUGGAUGAACAUAAAUCGCAAAAGUUUGAUGAAAUAUAUGCCAAGUUGACCGAUCUGAGGCUACGAUUCCACUCGAUACGAAGGUUGGUAGAGAUGUACACAAUAAAAAUUGCAGCAGCAAUAGAUAUCGACCGACCGCUCGACACGAAUGCUUCGUCAUCAGCAACCAGCUCAGAAAAGAAUCGAGAGGGUAGCGGAUCGUUCUCACACGUAGCAACAUAUGAAGCAAAUACUCAAGGCGAGGGCGAAGAGGAUCACAUAAAUACGACAGUAUUGACCAGAAGUUAUCGAUUUUUGGGCCGGGUGCUACGAGCGUCCCUUCCUAUUCAGGCAAUGCUAUUGCUUCUACUAGGUGUUGCUACUCUCAUGCCCCAUGGUGAAGAUUACUCAUGCUCGCUGACUAAUAACUUUGCGAGAAGCCUUGAACCAAUGCUUCGUUACCCGAAUGGUCCACCACCAAUCUGAGCUAAUGAAGAUCAACGAGCGCAGCAGACUCAUACCAAUGUGCAA